UGUGUGUGUGUGUGACUGGACGUGUCAGGCGCGGAGUAUGGCUGUGAGGUCUCGCAGACCAUGGAUGAGUGUGGUGCUGGGGCUGGUGCUGGGCUUCACGGCGGCUUCGUGGCUGGUCGUCCCCAGGGUGGUGGAGAUCAACGGGAAAAGCAAGAAAUUCUCCAACAUCUGCUCCUCGUUGUUUAACCGAGCGGGACUGGGGAAGGCAAUGCUGGGCAGGAGCGGCAGCAGCAGCAGCAGCAGCAAGGAGGACGACGCGGAGGAGGAGGAGGAGGAGGAGGUGGAGAAGAAGAAGAAGGAAAGAGAGGAGGUGGGUAGAGGUGGUGGUGGUGGUGGAGGAGGAGAGGAGCAGAGGAGCCGCGGAGGGGGUCACGUUAAAAGCAAACAUUUCCUUUACGUGGGGNUCAUGACUGCCAAGAAGUACCUGGACUCCCGAGCGGUGGCCGCUUACAAGACCUGGGCACCCUCCAUCCCGGGCAAAGUCGAGUUCUUCUCCAGCGAGGGCUCCCAGGACGUGUCCACCUCCAGCCCCAUCCCCUUGGUCUCCCUGGCAGGAGUGGAUGACUCCUACCCUCCUCAGAAGAAGUCCUUCAUGAUGCUGAAGUACAUGCACGACCUGUACCUGGAGCGCUACGAGUGGUUCAUGAGGGCGGACGACGACGUGUACGUCAAGGGGGACAAAUUGGAAGAGUUCCUGAGGUCCCUGAACAGCAGUCAGCCUCUGUACCUGGGCCAGACCGGCUUGGGCACCAGCGAGGAGCUGGGCAAGUUGGCCCUGGAGCCCGGUGAGAACUUCUGCAUGGGGGGUCCCGGGAUGAUAUUCAGCAGAGAGGUGCUGAGGAGGAUGGUGCCUCACAUCGGGGAGUGCCUGCGGGAGAUGUACACCACACACGAGGACGUGGAGGUGGGCAGGUGCGUCAGGAGGUUCGGGGACACCCAGUGCGUCUGGUCCUACGAGAUGCAGCAGCUGUUCUAUGAGAACUAUGAGCACAACAAGAAAGGCUACAUUCAAGAUUUGCACAACAGCAAGAUUCACAAUGCUAUAACACUCCAUCCGAACAAACGACCUGCCUAUCAGUAUAGACUGCAUAACUACUUGCUGAGCCGCAAGGUGUCCGAACUCCGCCAUCGUACCAUCCAGCUGUAUAGAGAAAGCAUCUCCAUGAGCAAGCUCAGCAACACUGAAGUGCGCAAGGAAGAUCAACAACUUGGGAUGAUGCCGUCCUUCAUGCGAUUCCAGCCUCAUGACAGGGAUGAGGUCCUUGAAUGGGACUUUCUGACCGGAAAGCACCUUUUUACAAUGAGCGAAACGCAGAUCCCUCGGCAGGGCAUCAGCAGUGUGCUGCAUGCAGCGCUGGACGACGUGAUAAUGCAAAUCAUGGAGAUGAUCAACUGGAAUUCAAAGUCCAGAGGGCGAGUGAUUGAAUUCAAAGAGAUCCAGUAUGGCUAUCGAAGAGUUAAUCCCAUGCAUGGAGCAGAAUACAUUUUGGACCUGCUGCUGCUUUAUAAGAAGCAUAAAGGGAGAAAGGUGACCGUCCCCGUGAGGCGCCACGCCUACAUCCAGCAAUCCUUCAGCAAAGCGUUCAUGAUGGAGGCUGAAGAGUUGGAUGCAAAGAUGCUUGCAGAGAGCAUCAACAGCGACUCCCAGUCUUUCUCCUUUCUCUCAAACUCACUGAAAAUCUUCUCGCCAUUCCAGUUCACCGAGUCCACCAAAGAGGUCCAACAACAUGGUGACAAGAAGGUUCACAUUCUAGUUCCCCUCACGGAAAGAUACGAGACCUUUGUGCGUUUUAUGGAGAACUUUGAGAAGACAUGCCUUAUCUCAAAGCAGAAUGUAAAACUAACGGUACUCUUGUUCAACUCUGACUCCACCUCAGACAAAGGCAAGCAUGAGGAGCUAAUAAGAGACUUGCACCUUAAAUAUCCCAAGGCAGAUAUGACCAUUCUCCUUAUGGCAGGAGAGUUCUCCAGGGGUUUGGCCCUGGAAAUGGGCUCAUCUUCACUUCAUAAUGACAGUUUGCUGCUUUUCUGCGAUGUCGACCUGAUAUUUACUCCAGAAUUUCUGCAACGAUGCCGAGACAAUACAGUUCAGGGAGAGCAGGUUUAUUUUCCUAUAAUCUUUAGCCAAUAUGACCCCAAAAUAGUUUACAAUGGUAACCCUCCGGCUGAUAAUAACUUUGUUUUCACUAAGAAGACUGGUUUCUGGAGGGAGUAUGGCUUUGGGAUCGUAUGCAUACACAAAAGCGAUUUAUUACACGUUGGUGGGUUUGAUACCUCGAUUCAGGGUUGGGGAUUAGAAGACGUGGACCUGUUUACUAAGGUGAUCUCUUCUGGGUUGAAUGUCUUUAGAAGCCAGGAAAUUGGGGUGGUUCAUGUUUACCACCCUGUUCACUGUGAUCCAAACAUUGACCCUAAGCAAUACAAGAUGUGUUUGGGGUCCAAAGCAAGUACAUUUGGAUCCACAAUUCAGUUGGCUGAACUCUGGCUUGAAAAGCAUCUGAGUGGUGGAUAUAACAGAACGAUCUCCUGACGUUUCAGUUCUUUCUUUCCAUCUGUCUCUCGAAGGGUUUUACCUCAGAUUUCUACGGUGUUCGGCUUACAGUUCCCCAGGCACCUUUUCCAAAGAACACUUUUAAAACAUUGGGACAAGGUGAAUAACAUUUAUAAAUAUUUUAGCAUCCUACUGGAAGUGCUUUGAAAGUGGGUUGUUUUGAUCUUUAUUGCCUAAGAGUGGGGAGAUCCAGAAUACUUGGCAAUGCUGUUAACCGUAGAUGCCCCAUGCAGGUCCCUAUAAAGGGCUUCACCUGUCAGACUCUGAAUUCAAGAUCAAAACUGAUUCAACGUAGACAAUGCCACAAAAGUGCUUCAAGCGGGAACCAGCGACACAGACUUUUUAAUUUAUGUGAUGACUUUGUUCACCAUCUGCAGUAUUUUUUAAACUAUGUGAACAAAUGUAAGAUUGUAUGUUUGCUUUUAAAAAAAACAUUAAUGUGGGAAUUUAUUCUCAUGAGAUUACAGGUACUGGUGACCAAGCUCUAAAUGUCUGAAAAUGUGCGUAUUCUAUAUACUGUGUACCAUGAGUUUAGAACGACUCUUGGUUUCUUAAGUGGAAACAUGCUGCAAGCAAGCAUGUGUACCUUCAUUCUUGUAGCUUUGUGUCUUUAAAUGCCCUUAAAUUUGCAGCUUAGAAUAAAACUGUCUGAGAACACUCCUAUUUAUAAUAAACUAUCUGCAUAACAUUAUCCCA